UUGUAUAGCUAGACAGCAUAGUAGAGUAGUGUUAUAAAAAAAAUUAGAGAUAUAUAAAUAUAUACUUAAUUAUUAUUAAAAGAUAAAUAAUAAUAAUGGUGGCUUACAAUAGUGUUGUGUUUAGGCGCCUAAUUAUUAUGGUUUUAGUAUGUGUAGCAGUGCAUGGAGGUGAAGGGCGGAUAGGGAGGACUUAUAAUGUGCUUCGUUUUGGUGCUCUUCCUGAUGGCAAAACUGAUUUUAGCCAGGCAUUGCUAAGUGCAUGGGGACUAGCAUGCAAGGAUUACGGCAGCACGGUGGUCAUCCCAAAACAGCGCGGCGCAUUCUUUCUGAAUCCGGUGACGUUGAACGGCCCGUGCGCCGGUCCGAUCACAUUGCUGGUUAACGGCGUGGUGAGGGCCCCGGAGAAGUCCUUCCUCACGGACGGCGGCCCACCGGAUUAUUGGGUAUUGUUCAACCAUCUACGGCAGUUGACGGUCACCGGCUCCGGCACGUUUGACGGUCAAGGCUACUUGAAGCAAUUGGCUUUGGUGGCAAUGGUUAUGCUGCUGGAAUAUGAUGAUGAAGCAAGUAGGCAACAAUAUCUUGGAUGUCGUGGUAGUGUAGGGCAAAACCCUAGCGAGGACAUUGAGAUAACAGGGGUGACAAUAUAUGCGCCCGAACAUAGUCUCAACACAGACGGAAUCCACAUCGAACGGUCAAGUGGCGUGCGAGCCCACAAUCUGGCCAUCAGCACAGGGGAUGACUGCAUCUCAUUUGGGCAAGGGAGCAAUGACAUUGAGGUGUAUGAUGUGAGGUGUGUUGUGGGUCCAGCCCAUUUUAUUUGAGUUCCAUUUUUCUUUGGUGGAGGGCCCAAUUGUGUUUUUACUUUGUUGACUAAAAAAAAGGAGAGUAAAAAAAGGGGCUGGGCAGUGGUGCACUUACGGACAGAGCAGAAAAGAAAAAAAACAGAAUAGAGAGAGGAAAGGUGCUGGUGCAGAAUUUACAGACCAGCCGCACAAAUUCGAUCAUCUCAGGAGAUCCGACCGUUGGAUUGAGCUGAAAUUUUCAGAGGUUGUUCCCAACACUUAGGGCUUCAAUCUGUUCAAUUUUCACUUCAAUCGGAGCUACGGAUCUUCUGUAAUCGCAGCUGGUGCGACGCUGCGUUUUUGGGUGAUAAUCCUGAUUUUCCUUCUCUAUUGUUGGUGCCUCUUAUGUAUGUUGUUGUUGGUGGGCUGUGACAUCCUUGUAGACUGAGUUUG